GGAGGCUGUGUGGGCUGGGCCGGGGCGGAUGGGUGUUUUUUCUCCAGUAGCUGCCUGCAGCCUCUACAUUUCUUGUGACAUCGCCUCUGUUCGGGAGGAUGCUCUGCGCGGAGGAGACGCUCCUGAUGGAUUACACGAGGUGUGUCCGUCUGACAUGAAAUCACAGCGGCUGCACCUGCAUGAAGAAGAAGAAGAAAACAUUGGGAGAGGACCCCGCCCCAGAAAAUGCAUGUUUAAAACGUGGUGAGGAUACUUUUCACUUCUGACCAGCAUGUCUAAAAGCAAACAGUGCGAGGCGGUGAGGGUGGUGGUCCGCUGCCGGCCCUUCAGCAGGAAGGAGGAGAGCCAGGGCUGUGAAGACGUCCUGCAGAUUGAUGACAGGCUGGGGCAGAUCACCAUCCGGAACCCGAAGGCACCACCUGAUGAGCCCAUGAAAGUGUUCACGUUUGAUUCAGUGUACGGCUGGGACUCAAAACAAGUGGACAUUUAUGAUGAUGCUGUGAGACCUCUGGUGGAGUCUGUGCUCAAAGGCUUCAAUGGGACUACAUUUGCGUACGGACAGACCGGGACAGGUAAAACACACACCAUGCAGGGGGUUUCAAACGACCCCGAGAUGAGAGGGAUUAUACCAAAUUCAUUCCAGCACAUUUUUACACAAAUAUCCAGGACUCAGAAUCAGAAAUACCUGGUGAGGUCAUCCUACAUGGAGAUCUACCAGGAGGAAGUCAGAGAUCUGCUGUGCAAAGACAACAACAAGAAGCUGGAGCUGAAGGAAAACCCAGACUCUGGGGUCUAUGUGAGGGGUCUCUCUUCAGUGGUGACUAAAAACGCCACUGAGAUUGAACAUGUGAUGAACAUAGGAAACCAGUCCAGGUCUGUGGGGUUCACCAACAUGAAUGAACGCAGCUCUCGCUCUCAUGCCAUCUUUGUCAUCACCGUGGAGUGCAGUGAAGUAGGGCCAGAUGGAGAGGACCACAUCCGGGUGGGGAAGCUGAACAUGGUUGACCUGGCUGGCAGCGAGCGCCAGAGCAAGACAGGUGCGAAAGGGAAGCGACUAAAGGAGGCAGCCAAGAUCAACCUGUCCCUGUCAGCUCUGGGGAAUGUCAUUUCAGCUCUGGUGAACGGGAAGAGCACACACAUCCCUUACAGAGACUCCAAACUCACCCGCCUCCUCCAGGACUCACUGGGGGGCAACGCAAAGACUGUGAUGAUAGCCACGGUGGGGCCAUCGCACAAGGACUUUGAGGAGUCCCUGGCCACGCUGAGGUACGCCAACAGAGCCAAGGACAUAAAGAACAAACCUCGGAUUAAUGAGGAUCCCAAAGACGCCCUGCUGAGGGAGUUUCAGGGGGAGAUAGCACGCCUGAAGGCCCAGCUGGAGGAGAGAGGGAUGCUGGCGAAAGAGAGGAGGAGGAGAAGGAACAGCAAGAGGCUGAGUCAAAGUCUGGCGGGGAUGGAGGAGGAGAUGCUCAAUGAGAGGGAUGCAGACGUGUGGAAGGCUUUUGUGGAUGAACCAGUGGUGACGCGUCGCAUACAAGAAGGGAGUGACCACCCCAAGGUGAUGCUCUGCCAGGGGAGCGGAGAGAGGCUGAAGCACCUGAAAGACAACCGGAAAAGUUUAGUGGACAUGCAGUGGGAUCCAGAUGCUUUGGAGAAGAUCAUUGAGAAAUAUAAGGCUAUGGAGAGCAAACUGUUAGUGGGAGGAAAGACAAUAAUUGAUCACACUAAUGAACAACAAAAAAUGCUGGAGCUGAAGAGACAAGAAAUUGCAGAACAGAUAAGACGAGAGAGAGAGAUCCAGCAGGAGAUGAUGUUGCAGGACGAAGAGACCUUAGAAAUGAGAGAGACAUUCUCCUCCCUGCAGCAGGAGGUGGAACAUAAGACAAAAAAGCUGAAGAGGUUGUAUGCCAAACUACAGUUGGUGAAGGCGGAGACGAGAGACGUCAUCGGCGAACACGUAGUCAUCCGACAGGAGCUCGAACAGACGCAGACCGAACUCACCAGAGAACUCAAGUACAAAUAUCUCUUGAUUGAGAACUUUAUACCUCCAGAGGAGAAGAACAAGAUCAUGAACAGGCUGCACUUUGACAGCGAGGAGGAUCAGUGGAGACUGCACUCCGUCAUCCCCUCAGAGAGUGCCCCCACUCAGGUCAAGCGAAGGCCUCCCUCGGCGGUGGGAUACAAGAGGCCAAUCAGCCAAUAUGCACAGAUGGCUGUUUCCACGGCAACUGGGGUCCCAUACAGAUACCAGGCGGAGAACAUAAUGCUGUUGGAGUUAGACAUGUCUCCACCCACCAUGUUCUCCUUGAACCUUGAUGGCGCUCACCUGGAGAGAGCCUUUUCCCCCAGGCUGAUGGGGGAUUUGCUGGUCACUGUCCCCAUGAGAGAGAGGAGCCCUGCAGCGUCCCGGGUCAGGAAAUCACAAUCCUGGUAUCAGGCACCGCAAGCAGCAUCCAUCCCAUCAUCGGCAUCAUCGACCGCAGUGACAUCGGGAUCUCAGAGCUCCUCUCCCUCUCACAGACAGAGAAGACCUUCCUCCGCUGCCUAUCUUCCACAGGAAGGAGUGAGUCAGACAAGCCCCUGAUGUGUUUCAACACAACUGCACACAGGGCUGGCCUGAGUUCAGCGUGGCACAAAGGACUCCAGGUUGACAUAGGAGACAUGGGGGGAAAUCUUAUGCCUUGAUUUAAAAUUGAUUUCACCCCUCGUUGUGAGAAAUAAUCACUUGAUAUGCAUGUGUUCAGUGUGAAGGGGAAGUUUGGAUUUUCUUAGUGGGGUUGUAUGAGGUACUUAUCCAUGGUUAUUGUAUUGUAUCAUAGUAGUUGAUGAUUGUUUAUUCCCAGUUUGUAGAAACAGACAUGGAAGUUAAGCAAUGUGCGUCUAUUGUGGACAGGGGCGUCAGCAAAAUAUAUUGUAGCCACAUAAAAAAGGCCUACCUGAAAAACUCAAGACCAGUUUAAGUGUGCGCAAUAUUCAAAAUAUAUUCUUUUUUUUACUUGCUACACACAGCCGUUCCGGAGAGGGAAUGAAUUCCUUUUUGACCCUCCCUCCAAGCCGCCAGACGUCCUUACAUAAACAGUAAUUUCACCUCCCACAACAGGGGAGUUCUUGAUCUACUGCUGCCUUGACCAUUUGUUUGGUUUUGUGUGACUUUGAUGAAUCUAAACUAACCAAAGUACGAACCUUAUAAAACCGUACUUCAAAAAAAUCUAAACUAUCCCUUGAAACGUGAAGACACGCAUAGUUUUUGCCAACACUUGUCUAAAGAACAUGUUUCUCUUGACUUCCUCCAGUCUCAAUGAAUAGCACAGACUAAAUGUAAUGUCCUGAAACCAGACAUAUUGUAUAUUGUUUGGAGGAUCUUUACAGCUCUUUUUUUAUUUUAUAAACAUUUUAAUUAUAGUUUAUUUUGGAGAUGUACCUGUUCUUUGCCAAAACAGUGGAGGGUGGUGAGGACACACCCUGGUUUAGCCUGUAUGCUUGAUGACUUGUUGCUUCGAUUUCUAGCUACUGUAAUUGUGAGCCAAAAAUGUGAAGAAAGCCUGCAACGCUCUCUUGAUUAGCUGCCUUAUAGAUGUGAAACCAUGCAAAGUCCAUCUGCUUACACAUGAAAGUAAACACUGAAAUGAU